AUGGGGAAGAACGACAAGAAGGAGAGAGAAGUGGGGCCCAACAUCAACAACGUACCGAAUCGCGACGUUCUCCAAAGGCUCAAUUUUAUGUACCAGGCGAGCGCCUAUUUGCAGAGAUGUGGGUUGGAAGGUCUUGAAGAGACCUCACAGCAGUCCUCGACCUCCAACUCGAAGGCUGAAGACGUUCAGUCCGCACAGCCAGGCCUAGGCCAAGAGCCUGGCGGAUCGAAGUGUACCAACAAGAAGAGGAAGAAAUCCAAAUCCAGAAAGUCGACGAGCGAGAUUUUGGAUGACCUCGGGCAGUUCUAUGCUCGCUCGAUACCAACCGUGGCUCAAAGGACGACUCUGAAGAUCGAUCCCUCUGUCAAACGGACAUUAUGCAAAGGGUGUAAAACAACCCUGAUACCAGGAGUUUCUGUCGCUACGCGCCUACGCAAGCUUUCAUCGCACGGCCACGCUAUGGUUUACAGGUGCUUGAAUUGCAAAACCACGAAACGGAUACCGGCUCCUCGAAUCCCUGACGGGUCUCCCUCUCUCGAAACCGAGUCGGAAAAGUCUGUCACUAGGAAGCCAGCUCGCUUGCCGCCACUUUCCGAGCAAAGAGACGCUGGACAUGUCCUAUUCUGCGGAACUGAGAAGAUCGAGCAUCCAGAGGAAGAGACAACGGCCUAG